CCCAGCUUCAACCCCCCUCCCCCCUCUCUCUCUCUCUCUCGCUCUCUCUAUCUAUUUGAAAUCUUCGAAUUCCUAUCUCGGCGUUCCUACUCUUUAUAUCUAAUACUUUGCUUCUUCAAUUUCAUUGUUCAUUAACUUCAAAUAAGCUUCUUCCAUAUUGCUUGCUAUUUUUUUGGUUAUUAUUUGUUUGUUCGUUCCUUUUGAUCUGAAAUUUGCUUCUGAAUAUCUCCAAAUUGGCUUCGGAUCCCCCGAUUCAGUUUCGAGAUCGACUUCCCGGUGUUAACUCAAGAUUUUUGGAGGAUGCGGAUAAGAUGAUGAAUCAAGGAGUAAGUACUGAGACCAUACCUCCCGUGGACUCCGGUUCGCUCGAGAACCAUCACGUAGUUGAUGCAAGCCAAGGACAGACAUCUUCAUAUUUUCCUCCAACAGCUGGAUCUGAUGCCAUAUCAUGGACCAUUCACCGUGCGGAUCAUAACUCCACCCAGAACGGGACUCUUCCCAGUUCCACUUCCACGUACCAAUAUGAUUACCACACACAGCCACCCACGAGAAAUGUUCAAGAAGGUCUGAAUGCAGCAUCCCUCCCUUCUAGUUCAUCGAGUUUGGGAACAGCGAAUGUAUCACAAGAUUACAAUGGCUAUGCAUCGUACCCUAAUUCUACUGAUCCAUAUGGUUAUGGAAGCACUGGAUACCCGGGUUACUAUAAUAGCUACCAGCAGCAGCAGCAGCAGCAGCAGCAGUCUAACCAACCCAGCUAUCAACAGCAGCAGUUUAACCACUCCAGUUAUCAGCAGCAGCAGCCUAACCAUUCCAGCUAUCAGCAGCAGCAGCCUAACCAUUCCAGCUAUCAGCAGCAGCAGCCUAACCACUCCAGCUAUCAGCAGCAGCAGUCUAACCAUUCCUACUCACAAACUGUAGGAGCAUAUCAAAACACAGGUGCUCCUUAUCAGCCUCUUUCCUCAUUUCAGAAUACAGGGUCUUAUGCUGGGCCUGCAAGUUAUUCAAGCACUUACUACAAUCCUGGUGAUUAUCAGACAGCUGGAGGUUACCCAAGUAGCAGUUACAGUAAUCAGAAUACCUUGUGGAAUGAUGCCAAUUAUACAAAUUAUACUACCCAUCAGUAUUCAAACUACACUCCAGACACUACAGCUUAUAGUUCUGGUACUACUACUGCACCUUCCCUGCAUUAUCAACAGCAGUACAAGCAAUGGGCUGAUUAUUACAGUCAAACUGAAGUCAGCUGUGCUCCUGGCACGGAGAAUAUGUCAGUUGCUAAUACAUCUAAUGUUGGGUGUCCGAUUCCUGGUGUGAGUGGUGAAUAUCCAGCUUCAAAUACCCAGACACCACCUUCUUACACCCCCCCAUCUUGGAGGCCAGAGUCCAGUUCAUCUGAAUUGGCUUCAGUGCAGCCUGCUGCAGGAAUUAGUGGUGCCAAUGAUGGUUACUGGCAACAUGUGGCUCCAAGUUCUCAAAUUCUCCACACUAGUCCCAUGCAACCCCAAUCACAAAAGUCUUUGGAUCCAAAAACUUCCUAUGAUAUCUUUCAGGAUCAACAGCAAACUGCAUAUUCUCAAGUACCUAAUGUACAAUAUCCUGCUAAUAAUCAGGUGCCCCAGAGUUAUCAAUCUCCUGUGCAAACUGUUCCAUCUUUGGAUACACGAAGGGUAAGCAAAUUGCAGAUUCCAACAAACCCUAGAAUUGCUUCAAAUUUGACCUUCGGUUUUCCAAAAACCGAUAAGGAUAGCUCUACAAUCAGUGCAGCAGCAAAACCUGCUUAUAUCAGUGUGAAUGUUUCACCAAUGCCAGAUGAGAAAGUAUUAUCUAAUAGUGCUGCUGAUUCUAUACUUAAGCCUGGUAUGUUCCCCAGGUCGCUACGCGGUUAUGUUGAAAGGGCUUUGGCUCGCUGUAAAGAUGAUACGGAAAUGACAGCCUGCCAGGCUGUCCUGAAGGAGAUGCUCACCAAGGCAACUGCGGAUGGUACACUUUACACACGAGACUGGGAUACCGAGCCGCUUUUCCCACUACCAAAUGCGGAUGCAGUCAACAAAGACAGUUUUCAGAGUUCAACCCCAGGUUCAUCGUUGCCAAAGUACAAAAGAAGUCCAAGUAGAAGAUCUAAAAGUAGGUGGGAGCCUUUACCGGAGGAGAAAUCAGUUGACAAGUCAGCAUCUGUUGUGAAUAACACAGUGAAAUAUGGUGGCUGGACAAACCCAAGUGAGAGGGAUAGAAAGCUUUUUAUGGGGAAUAAUGAGAGCAAGGAGAAUAAUUUUACGGCUAUGAAAUUCUCUCCACUGGCCCAGAAAAAUGCAAGUAAGAACAUCCAGAGGCAGGUUAAGAAGCAGCGUUUUGCUGAUGGUUUGAAUGCUGCUGAUAAUGGUGAUGCAUCUAGUGAUAGUGAUAAAGAACAAAAUUUAACGGCAUAUUAUUCUAGUGCAAUAGCACUUGCGAAUACACCAGAGGAGAGAAAGAGACGUGAAAGUCGCUCUAAGCGUUUUGAAAAAGGGCAAGGACGUCCAGAAAAUAAUCACUUCAAACCAAAAAAUGCUGGACCUGGAAACCUAUACAGUAGAAGGGCCAGUGCCUUGGUGCUUAGCAAAAACUUUGAAGAUGGUGGGACCAGGGCUGUUGAGGACAUCGACUGGGAUUCCCUUACUGUCAAGGGGACGUGCCAGGAGAUUGAGAAACGUUAUUUGCGCCUUACUUCUGCACCUGAUCCUGCCAGUGUAAGACCAGAAGAAGUGUUAGAAAAAGCUCUGGAUAUGGUUCAGAAUUCUCAAAAGAAUUACCUAUAUAAAUGUGAUCAGUUGAAGUCUAUCCGCCAAGAUCUAACUGUACAACAUAUACGCAAUCAGCUGACAGUAAAGGUAUACGAAACUCAUGCUCGUUUAGCUCUGGAGGUUGGGGACCUGCCUGAGUAUAAUCAGUGCCAGUCUCAAUUGAAAACCCUUUAUGCUGAAGGAAUUGAGGGAUGCCAUAUGGAGUUUUCUGCUUACAACUUACUGUGUGUCAUUUUGCAUUCUAAUAAUUACAGAGAGCUCUUAUCAUCCAUGUCGAGAUUGUCGGUUGAAGCAAAAAAGGAUGAAGCCGUAAAACAUGCUCUUGCAGUUCGUGGAGCUGUCACUUCUGGAAAUUAUGUUAUGUUUUUUAGACUGUACAAGACCGCUCCUAACUUGAAUACCUGCCUUAUGGACCUUUAUGUUGAAAAGAUGCGGUAUAAGGCUGUGAGUUGCAUGUCUCGUUCAUAUCGCCCAACAAUACCUGUUUCCUACAUUGCUCAGGUUCUGGGUUUCACCCCUGCCACACCUAGGAAUGAAGGAAUUGAUGAGAAGGACUCAGAUGGAUUAGUGGAGUGUGUGGAUUGGUUGAAGGCACACGGUGCAUGCUUUAUUGCAGAUAACCAUGGAGACAUGCAACUUGAUACAAAAGCUUCCUGUUCAAGUCUUUUCAUGCCGGAGCCAGAAGAUGCUGUGGCCCAUGGAGAUGCCAGUCUUGCUGUUAAUGAUUUUCUGACACGAACAUCCUUAUAGUGAAGUUGAUUCUACCCAAUUGUAUUUGUGCAUUAGUAAGUAGUGGAAAAUACUGCCGCCCCCAACAAUCUGUUGUAUUACGAAGAGGCGGUAUUUUUCUACCGACUGUCAUUGUGGAUAAGGUUGAGCCUGGUGGGGUUGCCUUUUAACUUUAGAAAAGGUAGAUCAGAGCUGUAUGAUAUUGAAAUGUAGUGAGAAGAAUCCAAAAAAAAAGAAAAAGGAAGAAGAAGCUGAAAUGGCAGUGGGGCUGAUUUAGCAAUGUAGCAGCUGAUUAUAUAUCAAUUUUUGGUAUUAAAUGCCAAUUUAUUCUUUUUCGUGAGGACAAAUUGUGGUAAAUAUAUUAUAUUUGAGCAGAUAGAAAAAUAAGGAAAAUUAAUUUGUUUGUGUGAUGACUCA